GAGACCCCGGAUUCCAUCUACCAAACCAAACCAAACCAAACCCUAGGUACCCAAUCUCUCUCUAAGCGAAAAGCUUCGAUUUUUGUUUGUUUUGAUCCGAUGUCGCUUGAGGAGCAAUCGGCUGUGAGAUCCACCGGGAAGGUUCUCUGGUUCAACGACAUUAAAGGGUAUGGCUUCAUCACUUCCGAUGACGGUGGUGAAGAGCUUUUUGUUCAUCAGUCCUCCAUCGUCUCCGACGGUUUCCGGAGCCUGACGGUGGGAGAAUCGGUGGAGUUCGCUGUCGCACUGGGCGGCGACGGCAAGACCAAAGCCGCUUUCGUCACCGCCCCCGGCGGAGCUCCACUUAACAAGAAGGAAAUCGGCUCCCGCGGAAACGGCGGAGGAUCGGGUUGCUUCAACUGUGGCGAGGUCGGUCACAUGGCGAAGGACUGCCGUAACGGCGGCGGAAACAGCUACGGAAGCGGUGGCCGAGGAGCAGGCGGGGAAGGGUGCUACAACUGCGGCGGUGUGGGGCAUUUCGCUAGGGAAUGCCGGCAGAUUUCCGGCGGAAACGUAGGAGGCGGAGGCUCUUGCUAUAGCUGUGGAGGAUUUGGGCACAUGGCGAGAGACUGCAAGAGCAGGAGACCGGCCGGUGCUUGCUACGAGUGCGGUGGAACAGGUCACUUGGCUCGUGACUGUGACCGGAGAGGAAGCGGUGGCGGUGGCGGUGGCAAGUGUUUUAACUGCGGAAAGGAAGGUCAUUUUGCUAGGGAAUGCUCUGUUGGUUCCUAAUCAACAACAGCGAAAAAUGACUGAAAGAAGCGUGAUAUCUGUGCAUAUUCCUCUUCUUUUCACCUCAAUAUCUCUUGACUUUUGUUGAUGGGAAUGAAUUUGCUUGGUCCUAUUUGUGGGGUUUUUUUUUUUAAUACACAGUUAUGCUCAUUUUUGGGUGACUAUAUAUACACACAUGGCGAGCUUCUUUUCUGGUAUGGUUCCUGCAAGAUUUGGCCUUUAUAGUGUCUGGUUUUGUUCGCAAAUUAACUGCUCUGUUUAUCUUUUGCAGUUCAAUAGUGUGAUGUUCUUGGGUUUCCUGUGGUUAGCCUGUGAAUCAUCAAGUCUUUCAUGCUUGCUCCAUUGAAUUUUAUAUCAGCUGAUGAAAGUUUCUGCAGAAUCUCCAGAAUGGUAAAACCUGGUGAGAUCUGGCUGGACCUCCCAUUCCAAGAUCUUCUCACCAUAAGAUUGAUCCUAGAUAUAAUAAUAUUUGAUCUUUUCUUGUGUUUUACCUUUAGGGUUUGAUCAUGAACAGAGCAAUUGCUCUGUUGUGUUUGGUAAUUUUUAGUGUUACCCUUUACCAAAACAAAACUGCACUAGUAGUGAAUUAGGCCAAGUCCUAGUUAGGUGUUAACCUCUUCCUGUUCCUGUCCAAGUUAGCUGUUUAGCCAAAGAUGUCUCUUGAGCUUGUUCCCCCAGCUAUAAAAAAGGAUGAACCCUUUGUUUUCCCCAAACCCUUUAUUCUGUAUUCUGAUUUGUGAUGGUGCAGAGUAAACUUUGUGCUUAGCUACAAAUUGUAUGAUGAAAUAUUAUAUUAUUAUUGAUUGGGACA